CACCAAUCACCGUCAACUCUGGCCAACUCGUCAACGGCACCCUUCCUCCCAUCGCCGCAAACGGAAAACAAAGCCAUCAAGAUGUUCGCCCCAUCCUUCGACCAAUCUUUCAAUGAUAUAUUCAAUGAAUACGUCAACAUGGACUCGACUGGUGACGGCAACAAAGAAGUACCAUUCACCUCAAGUGAUAUCGAGCAACUCUUCCCCUCGGCCUCCUUUUCAAGUGACUGUGGCGAUCUAUCACCUAUUGGCUCUUCUUCAAGGCAACCCCCUCUCUCACCCCAGCCCUGGAGCAAAGGGCUCUGGUGUAUGCAGGACGACGGACUUUCCUCUGUCGACCAACGAACCUUCAGCUUCCAUGAUACCAUACAUCCAUCCGCGAUCUCAGAUCUUAGCCUGAACCUCGAAUCCUCGUCCCGCCCUGCAGAAGCUCCCGGGCUAAUCUCCACAUCUCCAUCUACCCCUCCGGCUACGCCGAGCCGAAAACCUUCUAAGAGCGCUAUAAUAACUCCAAAGACCAUCCGCCGCCGCGAGACGAAUGAUCGUCGUGCCUUACUGCGCAAGCACAGUUUCUCUCCAAGCUUGAUGCGCUCUUCGCAUAUGCAGAAGACGAAGAUGGCGUACCCAGAGGCCUGGGCUCAGAGGCUGCAGAACUACCACUUCCGCAACUCAGAUGAGCGUCUUCCUCUCUCGCCACCACCAUCCGACAUUCUUGUCCAGCACGAGACUAUGCAGCCUGACAACCACGCGCAGAUGCACAUGUCGAGCAGCGCUCCCUCCGGUGGCUUGAUGAGAGAUUCGGCAGAAAUGCCAACCAACUACGAUUCAAACAUGUUUCAUCAGGCAUCGGCGAUGUCUAUCCCUCAGCGCCAGAGAUAUCUAAGCCAUCACGGCUCUAUUGCCAUGUCUGCCUCUAGUACCCCCUCCGCCGAUGAGAUCUUCCACUCCCCGCAUUCUUCGGAGCCCCAGCCGAUGCCUUCAUGGCACGCAGAUGCCCUUAACACUCCCUCCAUGCCCUUCACCCCUGAUCUUCAGAGUCAUGAUCCGCAGGCCUGGUGGUCGCCGAUGGCCUCGCGAGUCGCGCCAGCCACUCAAGGACAGGCUCAGAACCCGUACCUGGUAUCACCGCUCCCGCAUCGACCGACUCAGAACACGAAUCACAGUGAUCUGUUGCAGGGCGGUCUAAUGAUUAAUUUCGAUCCGUCGUUCGAUAUGUCGGCUCCAGAAUCAUCCUUCUCUUCCUCUACCUUACAGUCUGCGGGCCAAGACCGAUCCUAUGCUCACGUGCCGGGGCCCCAGCAACCGUUCGCCAAGAACUCUCCUUUCACGACUCCUCGUGGCGUCCACGCUACUCAGUCGUCUCCACGAUCGCCCUCUGUCUCCCCGACUACGUCUCCGAAGUCAGGGGCAGCUGCACGUACCGGAACCAACAUGAAGGCUGGCCACCGUCGCAACCACAGCCGCAAACUUUCAUCCCAAUCGGCGAGCGCGCCGAAGCCAGUCAAGGCUGGAAGCCCUAACGGUGCAAACAAGACAGUUAGCGUCUCAUUCGUCAACUUUACACCAAAUGACAGCAGGAAAAUCCUGACUGGAGUGGCCCCCAGUGGCAGCUCUAAGACGAAGGCUCGGAGAGAGCAGGAGGCCCGCGACAAGCGGCGCAAGCUGAGUGAAGCUGCCCUGAUGGCAGUGAAGAGAGCUGGUGGAGAUGUGGAAGCACUAGAGGCUGUACUAUGUUAAAGGGAAAUUUCCGGGCUAUAAUUGUACUAUUUGGGUGCGGUGUUUUUGCGAAGCGGAUAUAUUACAUCCG